AUGAUGCUGGUCAAUAGCACAAGUGCAGGAAAUCUGAGGAAGCAGAAUGUGGAAUAUCUGCAGAGAAGUAAGAUUCCCACCAUGCACUUCCAGAAGUCCUUGCCCCACCUUGCAAUUCCGAAGCUGGAGGAUACCAUGAAGCGAUACUUAGCUGCACAGAAACCCCUUCUUGAUGACAAGCUGUAUGCUGAGACUGAGAAGUUGGUCAAUGAAUUUCUACAUGGCAUUGGACCUCAGCUGCAAAAGGAGAUUUUAUCUCGUGACAAGAGGAACAAGGGAACGAGUUACAUCUCACCAAUCUGGUUUGACAUGUACCUGAAAGACCAUAGACCAGUGGUCCUCACCCAUAACCCUUUCAUGGCAUUCGUGGAUGAGACCCGACCGGCUUAUAAGACGCCAGUUGUGCGUGCUACCAACAUGGUGAUCUCCUCUCUCAGGUUCCGUCGGAGCCUGGUUGAAGGAGUCCUUGAGCCAGAUGUGUUUCACCUCAUCCCAAAGAAAAGUGACACACCUUUAUUCCGUACCUUGUGUGCUCUUACUCCAUCUCCCCUUUCCUGGUACACUGCGUAUAGUUUCAAGGCUUUCCCUCUGGACAUGAGUCAGUACAAGAACCUCCUGAACUCAACACGCAUUCCUGAGCAUGGCAAAGAUCGGCUGAUGGCUGAUCCUUCUGGCAGACACCUCCUUGUCAUGAGAAAUGGCCACUUUUAUGUCUUUGAUGUUAUUGAAGAAUCUGGGGAUAUGCUGCAACCAGAAAAGGUUUUAGCUUGCCUUGAUUUCAUCUCAACAGACCCUCGAAGUGCAAAAGCCCCUGAUAUUCCCUUGGGAAUCUUGACCUCUGCAAACCGGGACAUUUGGGCUGACCUGAGACAAUACCUUGUUGGUCAUCUAGGCAAUGGGGACACAUUCAAGAAAAUUGACUCUGCUCUUUACUGUCUCACAUUUGAUGAUAUGCAAGGUGAUGACCCUGAGCUUGUCUUUCAUAACUUCUUGCAUGGGGAUGGCAAAAACAGAUGGUAUGACAAGAGCUUGUCAUUGCACUUCACAAAAGAUGGGAGGGCAGCAGUGAACUUUGAGCAUGCUUGGGGUGAUGGAGUGGCUGUUCUACGCUUCUUCAAUGAAAUCUUCAUUGAUUCCACAAAAAAACCCAUGGUCUCCACUGAUACCCCCAUCAAAGUUCAGGGAUUUGACCCAACUCGACAUGUGACACGACUUGUGCUUGGGGGUGUGAGAGGCCUUGAAGUGCUCUACACAGAGGGGCCUCCAUCACUGCUCUUCCCCAACACUGCAUCAUAUGAGUCCUCAUCUGAGACCUCACUGUUAGAGAGUGGAGGGAAGGUGGUAGGGACAUAUGAAUCCUGCAGCACUGCUGCAUACAAGCAUGGUCGCACAGAAACCCUCCGACCAGCCACAAUUGAAACCAAGAGAUGCUGUGAGGCGUUUGCCAACCGUACACACCACACUCCUGUCAGUGACCUCAGAAAACUCCUUGAAAGCUGCUCCAACAAGCAUGGCCAGCUCACCAGAGAAGCUGCAAUGGGUCAAGGAUUUGACAGGCAUUUGCUGGCACUAAGGACUCUGUUGGAGGAGAAGGGGGAAGUGAACAAGGCUCCAUUAUUCCUUCAUCCAUCCUACAUGCGUAUUAACCACAUCAUUCUCUCUACAUCCACCCUGUCAAGUCCUGCUGUCCACAUGGGAGGUUUUGCACCAGUCUCCCUUGAUGGAUUUGGCAUUGGGUAUGGGAUUCGAGAUUCUGAUCUUGGCUGUGUGGUGAGCAGUUAUCCACCCCAUCGUGAUGGAGAUGCUUUUGUAUCACACCUGAAAAGUGCUUAUUCCGCUAUUCAAGAUGUCAUUCAUCAGCUUUAUCACGUCUUUGGUGGUGUGCAGACGAACGUGGAUGAGGCGACCGGGCAACUGCAACUCUCACCCAGAAGUGAGUUCCCCACGAUUGUUCCUCGAGUACAGGGGACUCGGGGCUCUCAGCUGCACCUGUCAGCGUCCCCGUCAGAAGAUUCUUCGUCGUUCCUUUGGGGAGUGAAGCGAGAUCCGCCGAGUUUUUUCUUCGGUACGAUCCACGUGCCGUACACGCGAGUGUGGGAUUACAUCCCGGGGAAUGCAAAAGCCGCCUUCGCGCAAUCCCAUGCCGUCUUCUUCGAGUUGGACCUCACCGAUCCCCAGACCAUGGCGGCUCUCUCCCACUGCCAAAUGCUACCCAGGGGAGAGAGCUUGGCAAAUAUGUUGCCGCGUAGCCUCUACGUCCGGAUCAAACGACACCUGGCCUACGUCCGCGGGAAACUCCCGCAGUGGCUGGGCGAGGAGUCCGGGUCUGGGUCCCCGACCCGGCACGGACUCUAUGCCGACUACCUCUUCAAAGCCAUUGCAGGGAACUGGGAACGGAAGAGGCCAGUGUGGGUGAUGUUGAUGUUGAAUGCCCUCACGGAAGGGGAUGUGAGGAGCCGGGGGAUCCCCGUCCUGGAUCUCUAUCUCGCUCACGAGGCCGAAAGGCUGAACAAGGAGACUGGCGCCGUGGAAAGGGUCCAGGAACAGUGCCUACCCCUCAAUCGACUCCACCUCGACCAGGUUCCCAUUCCACUCUGCACUUUCAUCUUCUCUUCUCGAGAGGCCCUUCGUCGAAAUCGUGAAAGAUGU